AUUCCCACGAAAUUCGAGAAACAUGUUUCGAUCUUUUGUAUUAAUCAUGAUACUCGUCGAGUUGAUCAACUCUGAAUUGUUAAGAAUUCCAUUAUAUAGGACAAACUUUAUUCGAAAAUGGACUUCCAUUGAAGGUCGACAAUUUGAUUUGACUAAUUUUCCAAAGGCACCACUGUUUAAUUUAUAUGAUAAACAAUACUAUGGUAUUAUCUCGGUUGGAACUCCAAAGCAGAUGUUUAACGUACUUUUCGACACUGGUGCCUCUAAUUUUUUUGUACCAUCCAUCACCUGCGACAAUGAUAACAUUGCUUGCUCGUCACACAGAAAAUAUAUUAGCAAUAAAUCCCACACAUACAUAAAAGUUGAUACUCAUAUCAGACUUCAUUACGCGGUUGGUACGCUGAGUGGAUACUUAUCUACUGAUGUAGUGGAUAUUGCUGGCGUUAAAGUUCAAAAUCAAACAUUCACAGAAGCGGUAACACGGGAUCUGACUUUUGACUAUCUGUCAUACGACGGAAUCUUAGGAAUGGGUUACCCACAGAUAUCUACAAAAGGAAUGCCCCCCAUUUUCACCAGUAUGAUUGAACAAGGUCUAGUGUUGGCACCAGUUUUUAGUUUUUAUCUGAAUCGGCAUGUACCUCCUUUUUAUAUUUAA